AUGACAAGCCUCGUUAUUUUCGACUUUGAUGGCACUCUGUUCGAUACCCACGGGUCCAUCGAACACUCCAUCAAACUCACCUUUGCCGACCUGCUACCAUCUCACGUCCCCCCACAAUCGGAAAUCCACCGCUUGAUUUCUAGCGGCGCGGGUCUAUCAGACACAUUUCGCGCCCUCCACCCCGAUGCCGCGGCAUUCACCGCUUCAGAAACCAAAUGGAUCGACAAGUAUCGUGAACUAUACGCAGUCCACGGCCAGUUACUGAUAAAAGCCUUCCCUGGCGCAAAGUCCCUCCUCGAGGAACUGAAGGCUCACCACAUCCCCACCGCCAUCAUCAGCAACAAAGGGGUUACAGCCGUCCAGACUGCUCUGGACCGCAACGGGCUGGGUGAAUGUGUCCCUGAAGAUCUGAUUAUCGGGGAUAAAACUCCAGGAGCGUUGCGAAAACCUGAUCCCUCCAGUUUCGCUCAUGUCCUGGUCCCUGCCUUGAAAGCCCGUGGAAUAACAGAUGUGCGACCCGGCCAGGUGCUCGUCGUUGGCGAUACCGUGGCUGAUAUUCAAUUUGCCAAAAAUAUUGAAGGGCGAGCAUGCUGGUGCCGGUAUGGAUAUGGGGAUCGCGAAGCGUGUGAGGCGAUGAAGCCGGAUUUCGUCGUUGAUUCGUUGGAUCAGGUUGUUGCUAUUGUGAAGGACAACUGA